AUGGGCCGUGCAGUAAGCAAUCAGGACACAAUUGUCCCCUAUGGGAACAGAAACUGCUGGGAUUGUCCAUACUGUGAACAGUAUAAUGGCUUUCAGGAGAACGGGGACUACAACAAACCCAUUCCUGCUCAAUACAUGGAGCAUCUCAACCAUGGCGUUUCGGCCGGUGUCCCGGAGACACCGAAGACUCUGCAGUGGGUCAACUGUCAAAUGCUUCUGUGCAAGAAGUGCAACAACAACCAGACACUGAAGAUUAAGCAGCUGGCCUCGUUCAUCCCCAGGGAUGAUGAAAACUAUGAUGAGGAGAUCGAGGUAUAUAAGCACCACCUUGAGCAGACCUUCAAAUUGUGCCGGCCGUGCCAGACAGCAGUGGAGUACUACAUCAAACACCAGAACCGACAGCUGCGGGCUCUGCUCUUCAACCACCAGCUCAGACGCAGUCGGGAUGCUGAUAAAGCCUUUAUUAAGAACAACUACUCACUCACCACUCCUGCCUGGUUGAUCUUGCUCAGAGUCCUUGCAUUUCUCGCCUGUGCCUUCCUUGUAGCUGUGGCUUUGUCUGGAUCUGGAGAUGUGGCCUCCUCCGUCAGGCAGACCUUAAGCGGAGGAGUCACCCCACCUAAACGCCCCCUCCAAAAUGACAGUGAAAGCAAGGCUGAGGAGGGCAGAAUGAUGUGGGAUGAUCUGGUGGGUCUUCUGCCGGAAAAGGCUGUGGAGAACGCUCGACUCGUCUGGCAGUCCGGAAGCGACCAUCAGAUGGCCGUGGCCUCCGUUGGUCUCCUAACUUGCAUCACAGGUGUCUUAAUGGCAGGACCUGUCAGGUUGAGGAGGAUUGACGCUGUGGCCUCUGUGCUUUGGCUUCUGGUGAUAUGUUUUUACCUGGCAGAGUGUUACCUCAAGACGGACAUCCCUGAUUGGUUGGAAAUGGUCAAGUUGGGCAUCACUUCUGUGUGUUGUCUGGUGGGAUUCGCUGCCUCUGUGGCAACACAUAAAUCCACGACUCAGAGAAGAGCCAGAGCUCACAGGUAUUUGUCUGGCAGUUCGCCUGGGCCGUACUACAGUAAUCACUGUCCCCCGCUGUCUGCACCUGUGUCUGGAUCCUCCACCUUCAUUCCAACGCCUCCCCCCAACCUGUCACAGCUGCUCAUCCGCCAGCAAAGCCACAGAACGCGCAAAGCCUCGCCCUCCUCGCUCCCUGGGCGACUCAACAGGGCCCUCUCUCUGGGAACUAUCCCCUCCCUAGCACGAGCAGAUUACUACUCCCUAAAAUCUGGAAGCCGACUCUCCUCUCCUGGGCCGUCUCCAACCCCUUCUGUGGCAGGAUCCGUCACUUCCACCUCUAGCUCUGCCAGGCAGCGCCGGCCACUCAUCAGCCCAGCCAGACUCAACAUCAGUGGGCAAAAGCUGCGGCUCUUUUCCUCUCCUCUGGAGCCUUUUAGUUUGGCCUCACCUCCUCCCUUUCUUUCGGAGCAAAGCCACGUGCACAGCGGAGGAUUCUUGCCUGAUGUUCCACACUUCCAUUCACAGAAUCAUGGUUCACUGAUCGAUGAGGGCAGUGUGUUUGAGCAUCUGGAGAAGCGAAUGGACAGCUCCUCUGCAUCGUCAAACUGCCCUGUAGACACGACCACAGGAAAUGGAACUGACAGCAAGCCUGGAUGGAAGGGUUUUUGGGGGUUGACGCUUUGGCCUGGUAUACUGUUUACCAGCCUGACCAUUAACUUAACCUUUAUCUGUGUCUAUCUUUAUUACAAUUGGAGAUGAGAAUAUAGAGCAGACCUCGGGAGUUCAGCAGUUUGACUGGUCUUUGUCACCUGUGUGCUCAGUAAAUCUGGGAUCUUUACAGGAAAUAUGUGGAUAGCAUUUCCCUUGGGUGGCAACUACAACUUUAUUCUUGCUUCUCAACAAUUGUGGAGAUAAAAAAGGAGAAUAAUUGAAUUCUCACAUAAAUGAGACGACCGUAUUCUCUUAACUUGAGCUCUGUUAAAUGCAGCUGAGAUUCUACAUUAUGCCGCAAAGUAUGAUGUGAGCUUUGUAAAACAUGUUCUUGUGCAUGUUCAAUCAUUUCUUUGUGUUUUUAAACACUGGACGUGUUUCAGAUGAAUGAUUGUGCAGUUUAGUUUAACAGAAGGAUGUCUGUUGGGCAUAUAAAAACGUAUAACUUUAUAAAAACUUAAUUUGACAGCUUUGCGAUAUUGCUGUACAUUUAAGUGUUUCUGUUUAUCCUACUUCCUCAAAGGAUAAUUCUGUGUCAUGUCAUUAUCCUAAUGAUGUGAUAUUAUAAGGUGCAAUAUGUUUGUGUUGAUCUACUUUUGUCAACAAUGUGACACUGAAAGAUUUGGUUUAGCAAAUGUCUGUUACUGUGCCCAUUGAGCCUCUGUCUCUGUUUUAUGAUUUAACUCAUGAAUCAGACUCAUCCUUUGAAACAGGAUAACAUGAAUA